AGGGCGCCAAUUUCAGGUGUCAUAAGAAAUUCUCCAAAAUACAAAUUUUUUUUUCACUAAAACGUAAAUUUCGCAUAAAAUUGAUUUAUUUCUCUUCAAAUUUUCAAUAAAUUGAUGUUGUGAAGUGGAAAUCUGGUCGUUUCGAUCCGGAAGUAUUAACCAACUCUCUCAAGCAAAUAAAUCGAAAUGGCUCGGUUUUUGAUGAGACCGAGGACAUUUCUGCAGAGUAUAAGACAAGUGAAUAUACCGGGUUUUGCAACAUUCACUCAGAGGGACUUCCAAUAUGAGGAUCAUUCUCAUUCCGGCACUCUCCUGAAUAGAUUUUCUCGAGCAAUUGCCGAAGAAGUUAGCCGGGAUGCGAAGAUUGUGAGGAAUUCCAUCAAGUACAGCCAGUUCUAUCCAGUUCACAAGCAGGAAAAGUUCCAAAAGGACAUCCAGAAGGUUGACUCGGAUCAGCUCUCCCGGCUGAUUAUGUUCACCGCCAAUUAUCGAGGAAAUGCAGACAUUGGGAAGAUCUUCAGGGUUAUCAAUGAUCUGGAUUGUGAAGCAAAUGAUAGAAUUAGGAGCCUUGAGUAUCGUGAUGUCCAGGAAUUAAUGUACAUGUUUCUGUAUUUGCUGCCGAACAAAAUCACACAGUUGGAUUUCGUAAGGAGCGGCAUUGAGAUGCUUCUGGAUGGAUUUCCGCAGAAUAAGACAAAGGGGAACUUCCUGCAAAUCUGCUUCUAUUUGGGCAUCUUCAAGAAGUCACGACUCCACUGUGAGCAGUUGAAGGAUUUCCUGAAAACUCAUCUGAAUGACUAUCUCAGUGAUUUGGAUAGCCUGCAGCUUGCUCUGGUUGCUAAUUCUGCCUUCAAAGCUUCCAUUACGAUCCCCAAUGAGGAUUUCCAUGAGCGUCUAAAGGCUGCGAUUCUCAGCAUGGAUCAGGAUGUGGAUAUUCAGCUACUCGUGACCUUUGCAAAGAGUCUGCGACACAAUAGAGUUGACUGCAUGUCCACUGGAAUUUUGGAUAAGAUUCAACAACUGCUACAGAGCGGAAAGAUUCCUGAUGUAGAUCUCCGAGGCUAUACUCAUCUUUUGGCAUUAUUUGUUGAAAAUCGCCAUGUGCCACCAUCCUUUGGGAAGUACGUAUACGAAGAAGGAAUGAACAUUAUUAGCGAAGAACAUGAGAAAUCUGUGAUGCGAAGCAAAGAUGAGAUGUAUACAAAUCCCAACUUCCGCCAAAAGGAUCUGGCUACAUUUCUCUGGUGCAUCACAAAUCUUCCCGAUAAAAUAGUUACGAAGGAUGAUGCAACAACGCUGACCAAUGCAAUUCUGUGGAAGCUACGGAAUUAUGAGUACAAGUAUGCUUAUGAUGAGUUUGUGGAUACCCUGCUGUCCCUUGUAAUGCUGGGCAUUAAAUCGGAUGCGUUGUUCAAGGCAUUCUUCAACGAUAGGAACUUCCUGAUACCGCCUAAAAAUCAAAAUCGCACGAAAUUGCAUUCAAAACAGCUUCUUCUAACUACUUGCUUGCAAAUAGUAGCACCGGAACUUGUACCAAAGGAUAGAGAGCAGAGAAGAAGGAAACCUAUCGAAGUUCCGGAUUACUUACUGCAAAAAAGGAAGCAUUUCCUAAAUGUCGGUCAAACACUCAAAGAUCUACAAGAAGAGUUUAAUAUCGUGAAGAUGGAGCUUAAGAUUCCCGUGCAGAAUAUCAAUAUUCCCAGCUAUAUGAUUGAAAUUGAGACACAGGAGAGGCAGAAUCAUGUUUUCUGGAUUGAACUUCUGGACGCAGCUUCUACGAUGUCUGAUUUGGUGACCCCCACACCAAUUGUUCGACUAAAAUUGAGACUUUUACAAGCAUUGGAUGAAGAUUUUAUUGUGGUGGACACAAUUAAUAAGGAGAGCGAAGAGUUGAAGGAAGUCUUGAGGAGAGCUAUAAAGGAGCAUGUAAGUUCGGUGAAUUCAGAUGCAGAGGCAGAAGUGCAGAAAGUAGUAACAACAUAGAUUUAUUCCAAUACUGUAGAUACAGUAAAAAUAAAAAAAAUUAACGAA